AUGAAUUGGAAUCAUCUUCGAGAUAUUCUUAUUGAUGAAUUAUCUGUUGAAGGUCUUGAUGGUUGUACAUUCAAUCAUUUAUAUUCUAUUGUUAAACCUUUAAUUCUUUCAAUUGAUAAUCAAUUACCAACUGACAUUUAUCUUCGUUCUUACAUAUGGAAAAUACUUUUAUCAUGUUCAUGUAUUGAACUAUAUGAAUUACCAAUAAAACUUCUUCCUCCAUCAUCACCAAAUGAUCUUGCAAUUGAUAAUACAGAAUUGAAUCAUCGUGGUUAUUCAUCAUCAUAUUAUCAACGUAAAUUAUUAUCAAAUAAAUCCGACUAUAAAAUUCUUGAAAAUAUUCCAUCAAUUGAUCGUAUACAUCUUGUUGUUGAACAAAAUGUUCGUGAAUUUCGUAUAAUACAAGGUCAAUAUGAUACGAAACAAUUAUUUAGUAAAUAUGAAUAUGCAUUACUUGAAUGUAUAUGUAAAACACGUUCAAAAGGUAUAUCAACAUCUGGUAAUGAUGGUUUAGCAAAAAUUUUUAAUAUUAAUAGUAAAUCAUUAUUUUAUUAUCUUAAACAAUUAAUAUCAUUGGAUAUAAUAAAAAAAUUAAAUUUAACACGACAAAUAACUGGUACAUUAAAACAACCAAUAUUAAUUUUAACACGAUAUAUAACAAAGAAUGAUUAUUUAAAUUCGAAAUAUACAAUUAUUGAUCGUUUAAAAACCUAUUUAGAACAAUGUAAAAAUUUCUCAUGUGAACGUAAUCAUUUGAAAACAUAUUUAUCAUUAGGUGAAAAAUCAUUCCGGUCAUUAAUGAGAAAAUGUAAACGUUUAAAUUUAAUUGAAAAAUAUAAUAAAACAAUGAAUGAAUAUGAAUUAAAAAAAUUUUUAAAUAAUGAACAAGAUUCAAAUGAACCGACAACACCAACAUCAUUAACUUAUUUAAAUAAUAAUCGAACACGUUUACGUUCGUAUACAUUUUUUCGUUUAAAAUCAAUAAAUAAUAUUACAAAAGAUGAUGAUGAAGAAAUUGCAUCAUCAAGUGAUGAUAAUGAACAAUCCGAUGAUGAUGAUGUUGUGGAAGAAAUUGAAGAUGAAGUUGUAGCUGAUGGUGAUGAUGCUGAUGAUGAUUCAAAUAUGUUACCAUUAUCGGAAGCAUCUAGUCAAUUAGAUCAAAAUAAUUUAAGAUUAUUUGUUGAUCGACCAUAUCAUUUUCAAUAUUAUCAAUUAUUAGAACAAGUUAAAGAGAUUGGUUUAUCACAACGUGAUCUAGCUAAUAUAUGUCAUUUAUCGUUUUAUUCAGCAAGAUCAGAAAUAAAAUCUUUAACAAAAAAUAUGAAACAUAUUUCAUUAAAAAGUGUUCAACUUAAUCAAAAAGGAAAAAUUAUGGAAAAUAGAAUUUUAUUAAAAAAAUUUAUGCCGACAACAACAGCAAAAUCAUCAACAAUAAAUGCUAAUAAUAUUCGACAACAGAUUAUUUCUAAAACACCACGUAGUAAACGAAAAAAAACAAAUAAUAAACAAAAAGACGUUAUUGAAACAACAUUAGUUGAAAGUCCAUUAUCAGUACCAGCUGCUUCAUCAAAUUCUCCAUCGUUAAUUAAAUGUGAACCAAUCGAUGCUGAACAUCUUGAUAAUGAACCAUUAUUAUCUCGUCUUCUUUCAUCUGAAACUUUAUGGCGUCCAUCAACUCAAAAUGUUACACAAGAACCUCCAAAAAAGAAAUCUAAAACACGUGUUAAUCCAGUUAAACGAAUAAAUAUUAAACGUGAACAUCGUCUUGAUUUAAUUCGUUCCUAUAUGAAUGAACAUCCUAUAUGUACAUUAACUGAUUUACGUGCUGCUAUUAUGUCAAGUGAACGUGAUGAAGGUUUAACAAUACAUAUGGAUCGUAAAACAUUGGAUAAAUUAGUUGAUGAACUUGAAAAAAUUCAUCAUUUUUUAUUUCGUUUUACAGCUCGAAUAAAACAAUCACGAACAAUUAUUUGUUUAGCAAUGACAACUAAUGAUAUAACACCUGAUUGUGAAAAAAUUCAACAAUUUAAAAUUGAAUUAUCACAAGAUACAAUUGAAGUUCCAUCAACAAAUAAAUCUAAACAAAUUUCACGUGAAAGAUUAUCAAAUGCAACAAUAAAUAACACUAAUAAUAAUAAUCAACAACAGGAACAAAUUCUUGAUGAUGAAAAAAUUUUGAAUGAUGAUGAUGCAAAAAUAACAAUUGAUAAUUUAUUUAAUAAUGGUUUAGAAGAAGAAAAAAUAGCUUUAUUAAAAAAGAAACCAUUAGAAAAUGUAACUGGUUUUGGAAAUUGUUAUGGUUAUGUUUAUAAAUUUCAACGAUGUGCUAUUUUACAUAAAUUUCUUUUUUAUCUACUUUAUGGUUAUGAAGGAAACACAGAGAAUGAAGAUAUUGAGUCAAGUUUUGAUUGUGAACAGUCACUUCUAUCGAAUGAUCCUGAAGUUCAAUCAAUACUUGAUUCUAUACCUAAUACUCGUCGUUAUUUAAGUUCGAAUCAAGUUGCAAAUUGGAAAACAUUUGUUCCACCAUUAGAUACUCGUGGUCGUUCAAUUCCAUCAGGUUGUCUUUAUCUUGAUGAUUUUCUCAUGUGUAUGCCAGUAUCAAUUUUUCUUGCUAUUGUUUAUGUUCCAUAUAAAGUACCUGGUCUUAUGGAAUUACUUUCACAUCCAACAAAACGCUAUAUACUUGUACGAGAUCUUCCAGCUGAAAUGCGUUAUCCACUUAUUGUUCGUCGACAAUAUUUAUAUCGUAUUAUAGAAGUAUUAAAAUAUUUAUCAACACUUGGUUUAAUUACAUUUGUUGAUCGACCAACAAUUAGCCGUUUAGAAAAAUUAAAUACAUUAAUUUAUCUUCAUCCAAAAACAUAUCUUAUUAAUACAAUAAAUCAAACAAAUAAUUCUAAUGGACCCAUUGAAAAUAUGUUAAAUUAUCCAAAACAAAUGUAUAAUUUAAUAUCAUUAACAAAUGUUAAUCGUUUUUGGUUUGAUUUAAUUGAAAUAGCAUUAAAUACUUAUCGUGUUAAAAUUUUUUCACGUAAACAAGAACGUUCACAUAUUACUGAUGUACUUAAACAAGCAACAAAACCAAUAAUACAUGAAAAUAUAGAUGAAAUUAAAACUCCACUUGGAAAAUCGAAUGGUCCAGCAGGUUUUGAUUAUGAUUUAUAUUUAUUUUUACGUAAAUCAUGGAAACUUCCAUAUAAUAAUAAACGUGUACUUAAAUUACUUAAUCGUGAAGCAAAUCAUUGUUGUAUACCGGUUUGUGAAUUACGUGUUCCAAUUGAUGUUGCACUUAAACGUUCAUAUACACGACAUUUAGCACAAAAACGUAAAAAUAUUAAUCGUAAACGUAAUAUGAAUAUAUUAACAACAGAUUUUGAUAAUUCAUCAUUAACAACAAUAAUAACAACAACAUCAUCUUCAUUACAUCGAAUAAAACGAAAUGCUAAUAUUCUUAUAAAACCAUUGAUUGGUGUUGAAUAUUAUGGUCAUUUAUCAAGAUAUAUUAUUCCAUGUGAAUUAUUAAAUCAAUUACAAUUUAUUGAUAGACGUAAAAAAAUACUUUUUCAAUAUAUUCGAGAUAAAAAUAAAAAUAUUUUAAAUCGUUUUAAUGAAAUAUUACAUGAUACAUCAAUGGAUAAAACAAAACCUCGAAAAAGAAAAAAAGAAAAAUUAAAUGAUGAACAAGAAUCAGAUGAUGAAGAACCAACUAAUUCAACUGCUCUUCGUGUACGUUGGUCACCAGUUGAAGAACGUGUUAUAUCAUUAAUAAAUGCUGCUCUUGCUUUUUAUUUACCUCGUAAACAAACUGAUAAUACAGAUAUCUCCAAAGAUUCAACUACAAUUGGAAGUCGUCGUCCCGCUGCAUUUCUUCCAUUUAGUAAAGAAUUAUUUCGUGCAUGUCUUAUUCGUAUUCUUCCACGUUCUGCUCGUUCAAAAACUCCACAAAAUGUUGUAAGAAAACUUAAAAAUGAUAUGACACAACAAACACGUUUAACACAAUUAGAACAUUUAUCUGUUCUUUGUUCAACUGAUACAUAUUUAUUAACAUUUCGUAAUGAAGCUAAACGUUAUCUUAAACAACGAUAUCGUUCAAAUGAACAUUUUUUUCUUUUACUUUUCGAAAGAGUAUAUAUAAAAUUUCAAAAUUUUAUACGUACUGGUUAUUUACAUUGUAUACCUCAAGGUACAAUUGAAUAUUUACCAUAUUCAAAAGAUGAACUUUUAAAACAAUACAAAAUUAUUGGUAAACCAACAACAGAAUUUUAUUCAUUUAAUCAACCUGAAUCAACUAAAUCAAUAUUAAGUUCAACAAUAAAUAUGGCAGCACAUAGUUCUCUAUUAUCAAAUGAACGUUCAGGUACAACAAAAGCAUUCAUUUUACAUUACAUAUUUUCUCAAUAUCCUGAAUCAUUACUUAAUGAAAUUGUUUAUCGAUUAAUGCAUACAGAUGCUGUUAUAACAUUAACAAAAUCGAAUGAUAUUCAACGAAAAAUUACUAGUGAAGCAUCAACAUUUUUAGCUGGUCGAGCUUAUCAUAUUAAUCAACGAUAUAUUUAUCGUUGGUAUACAUAUAUGCCAGCAACUGUUCUUCAUGAAACAUAUUCAUGGAUAAAUGAUAAUAUUUUAUCAAAAAUCGAUCCAAAUAAUAUUCAAGAUGAAAUGAUAAUUUCAAUUGAUAUUGAACAACAAAAUAAUGUUGCAAUCGCAUCAUCAUUUAUAACAUUUUUUGAUUCUAAUCAUUUUAAUAUUCAAUUAGCAUUACCAAAAAGUCUUGAUAAUGAACCAGAAAUGCUUAUGUCAAAAAUAAAUAAAAAUCAAAAUAAAUCAAAUACAGAUGAAGAUGAUGACGAUGAUGACGACGACGAUGAUGAUGAUAAUGAUGAUGAACAACAUGAAAGAGUUUUUCAACAAGUUCUUCAAAGUGCUAGAAGAAUUGAUCAAACACGUUACGAAAAUAUUAAUAAAAGAAAACUUUCAACAGAUGACGAUAAAACAUCGAAAAAAUCAAAAGUUACAACCAAUGAUGAUAAUGUUUCUAUAUCUCAUACGAAAUCAUCUACACCUAUUCGACAUCAAUGUCAUGAAUGUUCGAAAUCCUUUUUAAAUCGAACAAGUCUUGUUCGCCAUUGUCAUCGUCAACAUGAACAACAUGGUCGAAUUAAAUCUACGAAAUCGACAUUACGUCCUGGAACAUCAACACAAAAUCCUCUUGGACGUGGUCGUCAUGCAACUGAUACUUCUUCACUUAGUUGUUGUUCAAUUAAAUUUGCACUUUCAAAUGAAUUUCUUCGUGAACAAUUUCAACAUUUUUAUAUACAAAAAUCUUUACAUACAAUCGAUAAAUUAAUUCAACGUUUUUCAUUCUAUUCAGCUGUUUAUGAACAAGAACAACAAAUUGAAUCAACAGAAAAUAAUUUAUUAUAUAAUUCAAUUCUUAAUUCCCAUGAAUAUGGUUUAACAUUUUAUCAAUUAUAUAAACAAAUUAAAUCAACAAUGACAUUUAGUAAAUGUGUUGAACAAUUAAAUGAUUAUUUAAUUCGUGGAAUUAUUAUUGCUGCUGGAAGUCGAACACGUAUAUAUGUACAUCGAAAAUAUGCACGUUCAUGGCUUAUUUAUUCGAUUCGUUUUCGACAACAUGAUAAUAAUAAUAAUCUUGAAACAUUAUUAACCAGUGCUUUUGUUGACUCAACACCAUCAACAACAACAACAGACGUUCAAACUACUCUCGAUGAUAAACAAAUAAAACGUUUAAAUUUUUCUAGUACUGAUAGUCAAUUGAUUUCGGAUCAAUUUGAACGUAUUGUUUUUGUUCCUCGUCCUUGGAAAUCAACAGAUGGUUCAAUAAAUUUUACUGUUUUACAACGUAUGAUGGAAUCAUUACUUUUAUUUAUAAUUGAUCAUCCAGGUGUAAAUCUUGAAUAUUUAUAUGAACAUUAUAAAUGUGUACUACAACCAGUUGCUAUUGAUGAUUGUAUUGAAUUAUUUCAACAAAUGAAUUGUUUAGAAACAGCUCGAGUAUCAUUAAAAAGAACAGUAGAAAAACAAAUUAAUCUUUAUUCAAAUGAAAAUUUUGAUGAUGAUGAAGAUGAAGAAGAAGAACAACAGCAACAACAAGAAAUUCAAUAUAAUAAUGAUAAUGAUCUCGAACGUAUUUUAUAUAAAACAAAUUAUGAUCAUCAACAAGCAACACUUUAUUGUUUUCCAACUUAUGAUUGUUUAGCUAAAUUUGGUGUAUCAUUUCCAUCAUCAUUAACAAAUCAACAGCGAGGAAUUGAUCGAAUGCCUUUUCCUAGUUAUUAA